UUUUUUAUUUUAUGUGUUUUUACUUUGGAAGUAUAAAAUUGCAUAUUAAAACAACAAAAUGCAGCAAUAUAGAUACAGUAUCAAAUCCUAAAGUUAAUCAGCAUACAUCACAAACAUUUUUAAGAAUGUUUUUAAUUUUGUUAGUAUCGCUAGUGAGUAGCGUUGGUUCAAUUGAGGUUUUUGUAACUCGUUUAACGUUUGGUGACGACCAAAUUACAUAUGGUGUGUCAGAUUCUGGUAUUUGUUCGAAAGUUGGAGCCACUGUUUACUUGACCAGUAGUCAAGGAGUAACAUGUGAAUGUCCAUCAAGAACAACAUUUUACAGCAAUGAAAUAAGUGAAACGCCAUCUUGUCGCAGUGAUGAUGGGGCGGAUCUAGGUUGUCCUAAAUGUACUGGGAGUUGCAUUAAAACUAUAUCAACCGCUGGAUUCUCCAGAUAUAGUUCUGGAAGCCAUUAUACAUGCUCAUCCAACUAUGGCAGUUAUACAAUUAAAACAUGGAACGGUAAUAGUUGGGUUCAGUUCUCACGGACUAACGAUUUCACAGUUCAGUAUACCAGAGUAGGACUCCAAACAGGGGUUGUGUUUCAGUGGAAGAACAGCUUUUCGUAUUCACAGUACUCUGGCUUGUUCCUUAUAACACCUUACUGCGGGAAUAAACCGCUUUCUUGCUUUCUGGCAAAAGCUUCAUCAUUUAAAAAAUAUACGACAAUAGGUGACGCAAAGAAAACAGAGAGUAUAGAUUCAAAAACGGCAGUUUCAGCCAGUGUUUCAUCUGGCGUCGUUGUGCUGCUGCUUCUUCUUGUGAUUGCUUACAUUUGCUACAAACGAAGGUAUCUAAAAACAAAAAUGGAGGCAUUGAGAAAAAAGCAACAAAACAAAACAGAAAAAACAGAGAAUGUGCCAACAGCACCUACAAUAAAUCCUGCAUUUGUUCUUUCAUCUGAAACACAGGUGAUGCAGCUGCCAGUUAAUUCAUCGUAUAACAAUGGAGGCUCGUCUAUGCAAGUACAACACACCACUUUCAGUCCUAAUCCGGUGUUCUCUACGCCAUCAAACGGAAACUUCAGGCAACCUCAUUUUUCACAACAGUCACAUUCACAAACACCAUUUGGGUAUUACCCUCCACGCUCUCACCCUGUGACCAAUUUGCAACAGCAAUCUUUUAUGCCAGCCAAUAAUAUAAACCAAGCUCCAUCAUACCUUGUAAUGCAACCGAGCACUACAGCUCUUGUGGCCGGACAACCACAAGCUCAACCACAGACACAGGCAAACUCAGAAAAUCGUUCAACGCGAAACGAACUUUUGUCUACUAUCGUAGGUGGGAUCACAACUGGUAUAAUCGAUUCUUUUAAUGAGGAAUGA